GGUGUACAAUACAUAUUUCUGGUUUAGAGAGAUCUAAGAUCUGAUGCACAAACAAGAAGUUCCUUUUAAUACUUUCUUCAUUGUUGAGUGACACACGCUUGAGCUAAAACGAAUAUAGCUGACGUCCACUUGCUGGGACUGACGUUUUGAAGGCGUGUCUGGAUUCAGCAUGAGAAAAUCACAGUAGAGGAACACGCCGCCAGCAGCUGGAGUCGGGUCUGUUUCAGCCAGGAAAAUGUUUGUGGUUAGCUUUGUGGUUUAGCUUUCCUUGGAUUCUGCUGUGGGAAGUUAUGUUCCAUGGAAAUGAAGACAUUAUGGGAGCUCCAUCAGUUUAUUUGGGCAGACUUUUUUCCCAGCACACAUUGGGCUCUUCUGUCAGACUGAAGAAACCUGGUUCUUGUGUUACAUAUGCAAUGUGGCUGAAGAUACAUCUACUUAUUGUCCUCCUAUCAGGUCAAGCUUUUGGUCAACUAACCUCCACUGCUCCCUCCAGCAUCGCCACACCAACAACAGCUCCACAAACCUCAGCGGGUGAAACAUCUGUUGUUCCAAGCUCCCAAGCUGCUUCCUCUACUUUUCACACUUCUACAACUACAGCAGCUGAAGUUCCUGAUAGUCAAUCUUCUGCUGCUUCAUCCAUCACUCCUACUUCUGCAACCACCGCACAGACCCCAGUAGUGUUUUAUUUCCUCGAUGUCAACGUGGAUGUCACUGGACCGAGUAAGAAUGAAUCCGACAUCAUUGCCUGGCUUGGCCAGGUUUUCCUAAAUGAGCUGGGGCACUGCUUGUUUCCAUACGCAGGAGCAACAACUACUGCACCCACAUCUCAGCAAACUGCAAAUGUGACAGAACAAGUGGCAACAACACAGACUUAUAAAUCAACAACAGCAUUUUAUACUUUACCGCAAAACUAUAGUUCAACGGUGUUACAGUUCAACAUAACAACUACGGCUGCAACAACGAUAAAUGGCAACGACACAACGACAAUGGAAGCAAUGAUAAAUAGCAACAUCACAACUACAGCUGCAACAGCAACACCAGUAACUGAAAAUGUCACAACACCAGCUUCGGCAACAGUGUUACACGACAACGCAACAACCACAGUUGCAGCAACGACGACAUUGAAUGACAACAAAACAACAGCGACAACAUCAAAGGCAUCAAUCAGCAACACAACAGUUACAGCAGAAGGAACCACAGCAUUUGAUGGCAACAUAACAUCAACAGCUGCAUCAACUACCGCAUCAAAAAGCAACAUGACAACUACUGCUGCAGGAACUACAGCAGCACAAAGCAACAUCACAACUACUGCUGCAGGAACUACUGCAACACAAAGCAACAUGACAACUACUGCUGCAGGAACUACAGCAGCACAAAGCAACAUGACAACUACUGCUGCAGGAACUACAGCAGUACAAAGCAACACUACAGCUGCUACUGCAACAACUACAGACCUAAGAAGCAACAGUCCAACAACUCCAACAACUACAGUGCUAAGAAGCAACACUCCUACCACAGUUACAACAACUACAGCGUCACAAAGCAACAGUCCAACAACUCCAACAACUACAGCGCUAAGAAGCAACGGUCCGGCAACUCCGACAACUCCAACAACUCCAACAACUACAGCGCUAAGAAGCAACGGUCCGACAACUCCAACAACUCCAACAACUCCAGCGCUAAGAAGCAACGGUCCAACAACUCCAACAACUACAGCGCUAAGAAGCAACGGUCCGACAACUCCAACAACUCCAACAACUACAGCGCUAAGAAGCAACGGUCCGACAACUCCAACAACUCCAACAACUCCAGCGCUAAGAAGUAACGGUCCAACAACUCCAACAACUCCAGCGCUAAGAAGCAACGGACUGGCAAGGAGGAAGCGUGCUGUCCCCCAGAACAGCGACAGUUUGACGCAAAGCAGGUAUAAAAAAUGA